CGCAUUCAAAAUCAUAUCUUCCCGCUCUUCCAUGGAGAAGAGAGAACUGUGAGAUUUGUAAAACAUUUCACGAAGGUCAAGGACUCAACUCGAGGAAGGAAGAAGUACAUGGCGGUCAUUUGCAGGGAUUCGGAAGACAAUGCCUCUGCCAACGAUCCCCUCUUGCAAUGGCUAUGGUCAAUCAAGAAGGAACUUGAGGGUUUAACCUCAAGUGUUGACUCGGUUUCUCAAUUUGAAACCCUUCUUAAGGACUGCAUACUCAAAUUCAAGGAUGAUAAUCGGUACAGGAAUGAUGUCCGAUUUCUAAAGAUAUGGUUUUUAUAUGUUGAUGCUGUUGAAGACUUUGAAAGCGUUUUCAAAAUGAUGGAGGAUAGUAGGAUUUGUCUCACCUAUUCUCUACGCUAUGAAUCUUCUGCCCUGUUUCUGGAAUCAAAGGGGAAGCUGUUGGAUGCCCUUGAAAUUUACCGAAUGGGCAUUUCUAGGAAUGCUGAACCUCUUGAGAGGCUAAAGAAAGCGGAGAAAUUAUUCAUUAGCAGAAUGUCUGCCAUAGUGGAUGCCUGUUCGCUUAAGGAGAUUGAUUGCAGGGAAUCUGUUAAUCCUGGUAAGAGUUCCAUAAAUCCAUGGUCAAUCUCCACCAUCAAAAGUCUACUGAUGAAGAUGAAGAAGCAGAUAUUGAAGUACAACGGAUACCAUUUAAGUGCUAAAAGUUAUUCGGGAAAAGUUCCAUUAUCUUCUUUGCAAAGAAAUAAGAUCAUUGAGUUAGGUAAUAUUCUUAAUGUGCUAACAAUUUCCAUUCUACUACUGGUUUAUUUUUUAUUUUUUCCAUGUCUCACCCUGUGCUUUGUUUCCAAUUAAAAAUCAGUGUUUUCCAUUCUACUACUGGUUUAUUUAUUUUUUCCCAUGUCUCAUGCUGUGCUUUGUUUCCAAUUAAAAAUCAGUGUUAAGUUUCCUCUUAAUAUACACAUUUUGACUGUGUUUGAUAAGACCAUUGAGAUAAGAAUGGGGGUAGUCCAGUUUCAACGGGCAAAACAAUCAACUGUAAUUUGGAAAAAUUGGUCAGGGGUACUUUCCUUUUUCUCCUUUUAAUUUGAGGCAAAAUUUCUUCUCCCUAUAUAUUCUUCUUCAAUAUCUUAUCAUUCUCAUUUAAGAAAACUUAAUUUAUUUUUGUUACUAUGAAUCUCUGAAGGUAAUGUAUCUUUUGUGAAUUUUCAGUUGCAAUAAAUUUAGUUAUAUGGCUUACAACUUACAAAGACUGUCUUACUAGGUUGGAGUAGGACAUCACCACUGAAGUGAGAUGUACUAAUUUAAAUUACUUAUAUUAUCCAUACUCCAAAUAUUUUAGUAGAUUAUUAUCCUUGUUGCUUUCUAUCUAGUGUUUCUCUUGCCUCAUUGCUACUUGUUAGAUUUGAUUUGCAGCUAUUACCGUUCCAGCCAUAGCUUAAUUUUGCAUUGGUCAUCUAGGUUUUAUAUUCCAUUACAACUUAACCUUUGUUGCUGUAAUCUCUUCCAACUUGAAAGUGAUUGAGUGAUUAAUCCUUUCUUAAGGAGCUGGACAUAUGGGAUAUAAACAUCAUACUUUCCUGAAGUUUGGUUUUCUUUGUUUAUUAUACCAUACCGAAAGGCACUUUUGUUUAUUACACCAUACAGUUGCCUCAAUGGGAGUGAAACUCUCUCUCCCUCCCUUCCUCAAAAAUGCUUUUCAUUUCCCUCGGAAUAAAUACUUCGCAAAAUUCGUUCAAGUCCAUAGAGGGUUGCAAAAAACUAUUGAAUCAUGGAAACAUUUUCUAUCAAACAAAAAAUAGACAAAUAAUGUAAACAUUGAGGGUGAAUUUGUUUUAGCUUAUUUUUGGGAUAUGGGGAGGCUCUUUUGAAGAAAAAAA